AUGCAUCCCUCCCGACAAGCAUACGUGGAGGAAGCCGAGCCGGAAGAUGUAGGUAUCGACCUAGCAAACGUCCCACUCGACCGCGAAUAUGACAUGCCAUCAGCUACAGCGGGAAUUGCGCCUGAGAAAGCGUCCGCCAUCCUCUCCCAGUUCCAGCGAAAACGGAAAGCAGCCGCGAUUGCAGUACCAACAGACGAUGGCCGAGUACGGGCGCGUUUACGGGAGAUGGGCGAGCCCGUAACACUAUUUGGGGAGGGCCCAGGUGAUCGCAGAGACCGGCUGAGGGGGUUACUUGCGAUACAAGCAGAGAUUGAAGGGAUGGAAGAUGAAGAGGGUGAUGCGCGGAUGCGUGAUGCUGAUGAGGAUCAGGGCGAGAAUGAGCAGGAGGAGGAGUUUUAUACGAAGGGGAUACCAGAGUUACUUGAUGCUAGGAGAGAUAUUGCGAAGUAUUCUUUGCCUAGAGCGAAGAGAAGAGUGGCGAGCCAGAAACUCGAGUCUACGAUCCCUUUACGGACGCAUGUCAAGUUUAGGAAGGGUGUCAAGGAACGUUUACAGGGCUUCGAGUUGCAGGGCAGUCAAAUGGCGGGAGAGAGACCUGUUAGCAUGACGAGAUUCUCGCCAAAUGGCGAGAUUAUCGCGGCUGGGAAUUGGGGUGGGGGUGUGAAGCUUCUGAGUGUUCCCAAUCUAGAAGAGAUAAGGACUUUACGCGGGCAUACGGAUCGAAUUGGGGGAAUAACAUGGUUACCGGACGCCACAUUGCCAGGCUCAACUGUUUCACCGGAUACAGUCAAUCUGGCGUCAGGAGGAGCAGAGGGCAACAUUCACCUCUGGUCCCUAAAUCAGGAUACACCCCUCGCAACUCUUGCCGGCCACCAAAUGCGCGUUUGCCGUACCGAGUUCCACCCCUCGGGUCGUUAUCUAGCUUCUGCAUCCGAAGACACCACAUGGCGCCUUUGGGACGUCAACACUACCACUGAACUCCUCCUCCAAGAAGGGCAUUCCCGAGGUGUAUUUGCUCUGAGCUUUAACACAGAUGGCUCCCUCCUUGCCAGCGCAGGAAUGGACAGCAUCGGGCGGAUCUGGGAUCUCCGCACCGGUCGCACAGUCAUGAUUCUCGAAGGGCACAUUCGACCCAUUUAUGCACUUGAUUGGGGUGUUGAUGGGCACCGAGUACUCUCCGGCUCAGGCGACGGCUGGAUCAAAUGCUGGGACGUGAGAAAAGUGCAGCCGGCUGGUGGAGUCGGCGCGCACAAAAGCGUUGUCUCUGAUUUACGGUGGUACAAGGGCGAAGAUGAUCCAGCGCAGGGCGUUGUUCCUGAAGUCGACGAACAAGGUAGUAGAAAGCCGAAGAAAUCGGGCACGUUCUUCGUUUCGGGUGGCUUUGAUAAGAAUAUCAAUAUCUUCUCUGCGGAUGAUUGGGGGCUUGUGCAGAGGCUUAGUGGCCAUACGGGGAACGUCCAUAGUGUGGAUGUAACGAGGAAUGGGAAGUGGAUUGUGAGCGGAGGAUAUGACCGCACGGUCAAGUUAUGGGGGAGGAAUGAUAUGGAACCUCUUUGA